GCUCAAACUCCGCCCACUUUCAUUUCAGAGCAGGAUCAGGAGAAUUGUAAGAUCCUUCUUUCUUAGCACAACAAACAGCUGUUUUCCACGUUUCUUUUCGGUUUUGUUGGAUCCCUGGUUUUCUCCAUCCCUUUUUAACUGAACAGCGCAACAUCUGUUGAGAACUUUAUUUUGGAUAGAAUUCGGUCGGGACUGACAGGUCUUGACAGAGAUCACUAGCAUAGGUUGAUACAAUGUACAAAUGCUGGGGAGUUUUCGUCUUGUACUAUUUCGUUUCAUUCGUAGCUACACAGCCUGAAACAGAGCUCCCAUCACCAAGAAAUGUGACUUUCUCUUGGACGAACGAGUUCUGCUGGGAGCUUUCAUGGAGUCUACUGGAGAAUGUUGAUAGUCAGAGAUGUAAAUACCAUAUCAAUAUAUCAAGGAUAGGCAAGAAUAACAUAAUCAGGAGGAAGAAGGAAACACGGUUAGAGGAGUGUUUUCCUCUGAUGGGAGGUGUGCGUUUCUUCAUACAAACUCAGUGUAACAAGACACAGAUGAGUCAAACUGUAGUUCACACCAUCCCUGCCCCCACAGAGUUGGUGACGAACUUCAAAUGUUUUCUCUACACCUCUAAGGCCAUGAACUGCAGCUGGCUCCUAGCCAAUCAGGUCCCAGAAGACCUUCAGCUUUACUACGGGUUAAAAAAUAUGAGUAAGGUAUCGGAAUGCAAUGAGUACCUGUACAACGGCAAUCAGAGGACAGGAUGUCAUCUGAGAGGAGACUCCCACACGCGGAUCUUCUUCCAGGUCAAUGGGACUCUCAACGGUUCAUCGGUACGGAAUACCUUCGAAGUGAAUCCUCAGGACCAUGUGGUGCAGCCUAUACCUCUUGAUUUGAAGAUCACAGAGGAAGGGAGCAACCUCAAUAUUAGCUGGAUUUCACCAGACAUAAGACAUCCACACUGUUGGAAGUACGUCAUCAACUAUACCAGAUGUAAAAUACCUGAGAGUAUGUCCUUAGAAGACAAGACUUGGAUCAUGGUGAACUAUGACCCUCACUGUCAGUAUCGUGUUCGCAUUAAGCCCAUCUUUUUACAAUUGUGUGGUAUGGGAGAGGGUGACUGGACUGAGGAGGAAAUAUAUGGUAAAGAUGGGAAUCGGGAUUGGCACCUGCAUGUUGCAGCCGUCUUCAUUUCAGUCAUGGCGGUUAUAGUUUCCAUCCUGGUUUGUUUUUGUAUAAGGAAACACAAGGACAAGAUCCUCCCCAAAGUUCCCAAGCCAACCAACCUCAUCAGUGAUAUGUUCAACAACAACAAUGAGAUGAGCAUUAAUGAGAACCUCUACAUCCCAGCACAAGAGGAAGUAGACUGUAAGAUCACCCUAGUACAAUCCCCUCUUCCUCAGCAGCCAGAGUCAUGAGAAACAUGAAUAUACAGUGAACCUGUGGACAAGCUGGUAGUGGCCCAGCAGACUGGGAGGACCUCAGUGUUUUAACCUUGUGUGGUGGUGGCUUUUUGACUCAACAUGGGAUACUUUGAGAUUUAACAACAGUAACUGGGAUCCCCGGACUGUCCCAGGACCACUCUUCACAUUUCCUGAAUUUUUUUUAAUGACAAGACCCGGGAAACUACAACAUUUCCCACCAAUGUUGCACUAAUGCAAUUCCACAAAAUACACACGCGCAGCAGCAAAUUAGCUAAAAAUAAAAUGGCACAUUAUCCAAACAGGUAAGCUUUUACCUUAGCUUAUUUACUUCACACAAAGUCUCCAUAAAUUCAAAGCACACACAUACUUGACACUGCCUGACUGCACACGAGAAACAAAUGCGAUUUACAGUUAUCAUCAGAACUCAAAAUUCGAUCCCGGUCCGACCCGAGCCUGGUGAGAUGAAGUCGGAGCCCAGGCCUAGUCCGACAUCACAGAAAUAAAAUAGCCCGAAUGCGAAAAAAAGCAAGAUUUCUGGAAAACAGUAGGCUAUGUUGAUUUAAACUGGUGUUGAGAACAAAAUGGCGGAGGUGGACGGUAGCGGAGUGAGGAGACGAGGAAACGGACAUUGGGCCAGAAAAAGCACAGAGAGAGGAAAACUCACCUUAUUAUGAUCAUCUGAAUGAUGAAAAUAUUGUAAAAAGGUAUUCUAAUGCAAUUGAAGGCAUGUAUCAAAUUCAUGCUUAUACUGAAACUCCCAAAGUCAUAUCCAACCGUUAUACUAAUUUAAAGCAAUAGUUGUGUGUGGUCACGUAGAUUAUAAUUUCAGCACCGUUUUGACCGGGCCAGCGCCAUCACGCUGCUUUGAGACAAGCUUAGGGGACUCGUCUAGAUAAAUCAAUGUCACAUUUUUGUUUUCACUGAAUCUCCAUUUGGAUAUUUGGUAACCAUUAGGCUACGUUGUAGUGUGCUAAUGAUAAUCUUUUUUUUUCUCUAUUUUGCUCUAUUUUGCUCUUCACUUGCGUAGUAGUUUGUCCUACUCCCAACCAAAAACCUGUGACAUAUCUGAUAAUCAAUCAAUGUGAUUUUGUUUCACUGAAUCUCUGUCUAUAUAUUUGGUCAAUUGCUCUCUGGCUGUGCAAGUGGAAAUGGUAGCUCAUUUAUUCAUUUGCUCAUCUAUCUUUGAUCAGAAACAUUUAGCAUGCAAUAAUUUAGCCCAAAUCAAAUGUAUUAUUUUUCUAUUGACUCACUAGCCUUUAAAUAAAGGCUAUUUACCUAUCGUCCCAAUCCCAAGGAAACCCAAAAUCCUUCAUUGUAAUCCAUAGGUUGCUGUAUCAGAGCACGGCUCGCCUAUGCUUAUCAAAAUACAGCUAGAACAUUUCCCCCGCCUCUCUGCACUGUCUCGUAUUGCUGCCCUAAUGAGAGCUUCAAUAGAGCUUCAAUAUCAAUGAGAGCUUCAAUAUCAAUAAAGAUAUCAAUAAAGAUGUGUUCAUUAAACUUUGA